CCCCAUUCACCCCCCAUUUAAUAGAAUUACUUAAUAUACACUCUUUUUUUUUUUUUCUUUACUGCGUAAACAUGUCCGUCUUUAAAGAUGCCACAAGUGCACCCAUUUGGCUCAGUCUAGGUGUACUUUGGCGUUAAAAUAAACCCUUUCAGUUGGAAGUAGGACAUAAAUAAAAGAAAUACAAUUCCUCUUUCUGAAUGGUUUGUGGUGUUUACAUUGCAAUAUGAUUCAUGUUAAAGCCUUCAUGUUGAUCUAUGUGCGCCAUGAGAGUGAAAAUAUGAUUUUUAUUUGUUCAUUUACUAUACAGAUACUAUGUGUUAUUUACCCCUCCCAUUCAACUGAGUCUCCUACAUUAUUGUCUAAUCACUUUUUAACGAAUGUACUAUACACUUUACUGAUCAGUAUUCAACAAGCAUUUUUUUUAAUAAAGUCGUGCUUUCCGGCGUCUGUUCAAUCUAUUUAAUUCUUCUUUAAACUUCGUUUACCCUUCCUCCUCAACUGGGACACAGCUAAUGGGGGACUUAUAAUUUUUACAAGCUUCCAUUUGACUCGACUUACUCAAACUAUCCUCUUGGGUGCAGUUUAUCGCCUUGAUAUCUUAUUUCAGACGUGGAUAAAGACGAUUUUUAUUUUUUUGUUAAAAACACGUUUUAUU